AUGGUCAAAGUUCGGCGCUGUGCCGUGUGCAGAUUGGAUCGCAGGGGCGUCGUUGGGCCAUUCAGUGGGGAUGUGAGAGGCUGGGGUAUUUGGCUAUACCGCUGGCUACCUUCGCAAGUUAAGGCUCUGCUUUUAUCCCAAUAUUAUAAAUCUACCUCCGAAGGCGAUUUGCUUAUACAGAGAUUGAAUAACUGCGGACUCGGUCCUGGUGGGAAACAUGAGCUGCCUGAACGACUCAGACUUCCAUCACUUUCCAAGCCUGCCUGUGGAGAUACGCCUGAUGGUCUGGGAAUAUACCUGGCCAAUGCUCGAGUCAUCGAAGCCGUAUCCUUCGAGGUCUUUGACGAUGAUGAGUACGAAGAGUUCACGAUAUUACGCCCGGCGGGUUCCGUAUCUAAGUUUUUGAACCACCGAUUUGAGUGGAGGAUUCUGGACAGCAAGCCGCUGGAAACCUGUCCUCAUCCUGUGGCCCUAGGCGUGUGCCAUGAGUCUCGACAGCACACGCUGAAGCAUUUCCUGGCCAUGGAACAUUCUAAAUCGGAUGCGGGCUCGUUCUUCUUUCGUCCACUCCAUGAUUUGCUUUGGUUUAGUCUUGACUUCACUGACGAAAAGGAGCGCCUACAAGACUUAGUUCAUUUUUAUGGCGACCAACUCCUCUGUUUCCAAGUUGUCCUUGUUUGUGAAGAUGAUUGGAUCACUGAUACUCCAGAUGGGUAUAUGUCAAAUUAUCUUUCCCCAAUGGGACCAUUGAAGGGGAUCCAUAUUGUCUACGAUGAGCUUGAUGACAACGGUGAAUUGGUAGAGCCAAAGGCAGAAGAUUUAUCUGUACGUGCUCAAGAGUUGAAGGAUGAAUAUGAGGACUUGAUAGGGGACAUGCAUGACGGAAAUGGAAAGGCGAAACGUAUUCGAUACCCGAACCGUUGUGGGAAAUAUUACUAG